AUGCCGCUCGUAGUGUUUUGCGGGCUUCCGUACAGCGGUAAGAGCCGGCGGGCGGACGAGCUCCGUGGAGCGCUAGCGGUCGACGGCCGCGCGGUGUACGUGGUGGAUGACGCGUUGGUGCUGGGUACGGAGGACGCGACGGUGUAUGGUGAUUCGGCCCGUGAGAAGGCCUUGCGCGGGGCCUUGCGAGCCGCAGUGGAGCGGCGCCUGAGUCGCCACGAUGUGGUCAUCCUCGACUCGCUUAACUACAUCAAGGGCUUCCGCUAUGAGCUCUAUUGCCUGGCGCGGGCGGCGCGCACUCCGCUCUGCCUGGUAUAUUGCAUACGGCGGGGCGGUGUGAGCGGGGGACCUCCGGAAGCUGAUGCGGUGGACCACCAAGGCCGGAACCCCAGCGUGAGCUGGAGGCCGCGCACUGAGGAGAGAGGGAGACCUCUGGCGGCGGCUAGCUGUGUCCUCAGGGAACCACAAGCUGUGGACUCCGUAGUAAGUGGGAGAACCCAAGCAGAUAUAGCUAAGGAGCUGGAACAGGAGGAAACCAGGGCGCCAGAUCUUCCAGCUCCUGUGACUCCAGAAUUUGAUACAGGUGCUAAGCGUAUGGCUAGUGCCUUUUACUCUCCUGAACUUAUGGAGGCCUUAACGCAGCGUUUUGAAGCUCCCGACUCUCGAAACCGCUGGGAUCGGCCCCUGUUCACCUUGGUGGGUUUAGAGGAGCCAUUACCCCUGGCAGAGAUACGGGCCGCCUUGUUUGAGAACCAGGCUCCCCCACCCCAUCAGUCUACACAGUCCCAGCCCCUUGCCUCCGGCAGUUUUCUGCACCAGUUGGAUCAGGUCACCAACCAGGUGUUGGCGGGACUGAUGGAGGCUCAGAAGAACGCGGUUCCUGGAGACUUGCUUAAGCUUCCUGGCACCACGGAGCACCUGCAGUUUACCCGGCCUUUGACCAUGGCAGAACUGAGUCGUCUCCGUCGCCAGUUUAUUUCCUAUACCAAAAUGCAUCCCAACAAUGAGAACCUGCCUCAACUGGCCAACAUGUUUCUGCAGUAUUUGAGCCAGAGCCUGCACUAAACAGAGGGGUGUGGGGGAAAAGCCCUGGCUCCUUGUCUAACCUCCACUGCUCUCUGUGUUUCUUGAGACAGUAAUCCGAAGGUCUGCAUAGCAUGUUGGUAUCUAGUACUACAGCUGUUGUGACUGAUUUUACUCACAUUUUCCUCUAUCUGAAUGCUUUUUAGUUAACAGCAUAAAUUGAGACUAGAGAAAACGGAGAACUGGCUUGGAGAAUUGGCAAAUUUCUCUAGGGACAGAGCUCAGGUGGGCAGAGUUUGUUUAGAUUGGGUUCUACAUUUGGUGUCACACACCCAGGAUUUUCCGCAUCUGACUUGUAGAACAGACUGAAUGGAUGAAUUGUUUUUAAACAAUUGUGAGUGGAAACUGAAGAUGUCACAGUUCUGCAUCUGCACUGGCCCUUCUUUCAUACCACAGUUUUUCAAGUACUGUGCCUACUUUUUGCUAGUCUGUCCUGGGGCCAGGGAUCUCCGAUAAAUCCACUGGUUUCUGUCCUUGGGAAGCUUUACUUCUAGUGGAAGCAAAAGACGUAACUAUUAGAAUUUAUAUCUAAUAAAGUCUUUUAGAAGAAGAAA